AUGGAUGAGCCAAAUCCGCCUCUGCCCGGCCCGCGCAACCUGCCGCGCGCGUCGCACGCAUGUCAGCGAUGUCGUGCGAAGAAGGCCAGGUGUGACCAGAGACAGCCGUGCGCCAACUGCAUCAAGCACCUCGAGGAGUGCACGUAUGGACUUCGAAGACGAAAUAAUCGGAGUAGAAAUAGCCGAGCCCCAAGUUUGGACCUGUCGAGCGCGGAAAGUCCGCAACGUCGUUUGCCAACCUUCCCGUCUGCUCGAGAUGACAGAGAUGAGCCGCCGAGGGGGAGCCAGACCUUGGAACACUCUCAAGAAUCAGACCGUGUAGCCUUUGCGCAGCAACCGCUACCAUCGAACAAUGCCGAUGUAGUAGGGCAUGUCAACCAGCACACUCACGGAACCGAGUUUUACGGCACGUCGUCUAACUUUGUGCUUCUCAAUCAAUUCUUUGCGUAUGCUCAGCAGCAUCUCCCUGGGCAUCCCAACUCUGGCGGCCUCAAAGAGACGUCGUAUCUCUCUCCCGCCAGCGGCAGGGCCAGCGAGCCGUCCUCUUUUCGGGAUCAGGGUAGCCCAUGGACAUCUGGAGGCAUUGUUUCGGGACCUGGUCUCACUGCUCCGUCACCGGUUUCCAUUGUCAACCUUCUUUCAAAUGAAGAAUCGCUGGAGCCGCCGUCGAGGCCAAAAACACCACAUGAUGCAGUAAAUCAACAACGCGUUUCUGCGGAGGCUCCUCCUGCUCCGGGCCACACUAGAAACGAAAGUCAUACGGAAUUAAUGCACCAUGACGGCCACACAUCCACUCCCAAACAUGGCGCCAGUAGAGAGGGCACCAGCAAUCUUCCGUCGUCUGCUCACGUCGCCACCAAGGGAAACCCCGUCCCCGAUAGUCCUCUACAGGCUGCUAAGAAGGGGUUAGAGCGAGAAUACGUCCGUGUAUAUAUGAGCAAUCUGCAUCACAUCCACCCCAUGCUUGAUCCCAUUGGGUUUACAGCAAGAUGCGAGGAGGUCAUAUGGGGUGUACAGACACCACUUGAAACGAACAAGGACCUCAGGCACUUCUUGGCCCUGUACAACAUCGUGGUAGCGGUCGGGGCGCUCAUCGCCGACCCCAGCAUAACCCAGAACUUUGAGCCAGAUACAAGCUCAUGUAUCAAGCAGCCAACACAAUGUGAAGACUCGAGCUCAGCCCCUUCCAGCCAGGUACUGUCGAGAAAGUAUUUCCGAAAGUCCAGGGCUUUGCUCGGAGACAUGUUUGAAGUCUGCUCCUUAGAAAGCGCCCAAACCCUUCUUCUAAUGUCGCUGUACUGCCAAAACUCUCUCAAGCCGCACGCCUGCUACAUGUACUGCGGGCACGCCGUCCGCACCGCCCUCGCCAUUGGAAUAGCCAGAGAAUCCAUGCCCAGCUCCAUCGAGGACCACAAGGCCGCGCGACGAACCUGGUGGUGCAUCUAUUCCCACGAGAUAGACAUGAGCUGCAGCGCCGGCCGCCGCGACAGCCUUGGAAAGCCGCGAAACUACCAAAUCAGCCUUCCUCGCAUCCGGGACCAAGUAUCCACGGCCUCCAACAAGUCGGAAUUCGAAAACCGCAGCGUGGCCAUGAUUAACGAAAUGGUUCACUUUGCAGCUAUUCUGAGACGCAUCUCGAAAGAACUGUACUACGACUCAAAGGGCCUCACUUUGCUGCAAAAGUCUACGGUUGCCAAGGAACUCGAUGCUCUCCUGGGGGACUGGAAGGGCCGGCUACCAGAGUACCUCGAUUUCAGCCGGCUGUCCUUCCGCGAAGCAGAGUGGGCGGCAAAGCAGAAGCUCGUCCUGCACUUGCGGUAUUUGAACGCCAGGAUCGUCCUUCAUCGGCUUUUUCUAGAGGCCCCCGUGAGCAGGACGCGGGCACAGUUGUCGGGACACGUGGGCUCUUGUCUGGACGCGGCGCGGGACACCAUCCGCGUCAUGUACGACGCCUACACCAACCGGCACUACUUUCGGACGUGGUGGUACAACUCGACGUAUACCUUGUACGCUGGCAUGAUUGUCCUAUACAUUGUCAUGCUUGGCCACACUAGCGUGUCUGGUGACGAGCUUCUCGACGACGUCAUCAAGGCGCAGGAUAUUCUCGAGUCCAUGGAAGAAGCGGCUGUGGCUCGACGGAGUGCGAAUUUGAUACGAGAAGGCUUGGAGGUGGCGCGGGCGUGUGUCGAGAGCCGGUCGGAUCAAUCUGCUCGGUUGGAAGUGGCUGACUCUGAGCAAGAAUACGGCGAAUCGCAGGGCCAGCUGGGUGUCAGUUAUAUGGCGAAUCAGCCGGGAAACAAUUUGUCGAGGACCUUGUUUUCCCAUGCUGUUCCUGGACAGGACCCUGCGCUAUUGGCGUCUAUUAUAGAUCCAAACUUGCUGCGGGAUUUCACGGCAGCAGAUAAGGAUAUGUCGGACCAGGAAUUUGCGGCAUUUCCGUCCGAUAGCUUGUAUGGGGAGGGGCUAGACGUUCAUCUAAUUUCGAUGAUGGUGUAA